UAUAUGAGUAAACAAUAACCUGCCACAUAAAAUCAAGGAACUGCUCUAUCUAAACAUUCACAAACCCUUUAAAUUUGUAUAUAUACACUGCCCAGUAAUGUCCAGAGCGGCCAAGGGAUUUGCCCGCUUAAUUAAUCCCGGUGUGGUGCUCAAUCCGGAGUUGAAUCAGAAGUUAGCCGCUUUUGAGGCCAUGAGUGCCAAGCGAUCUGAACUGGACCGCGAAUUGGGCCGAUUGCGCAAGAAGCAGGAUGAAACCGAGGAUAAUCUGGCCGAGGCACUGGCCGAGGACGAGUUUCAGUGCAACCUGAGGGGUCAGCAGUACACAGGUCCCAAUGAGGAAGAGCUGCUGGAAAUUCUACGGAGCCACCUCGGCGGAGUUAUCAACAAGCUGGCGAACAAGUAUGAGCGCCUUGUGUACCUAGAUGCGGACAUCAGGAAGCUGAAGGGCACCAUCGAAAAGGCCAUCGCCGUGGCCAAUGAAGAAUCGGCAGCUGCAGCCUCUAUGUGAAGCGAUUUAUCCAGUUUUUGUACUUCUAUGCUUUUGCAUUACAAAUUUUCGUUUAAUUUACACCAGCGUGAUGUUACCAACUCUGCAAAUGCUUCGAA